GUAGUGUUGUUAAUGCGAGGGGUUUGCUGGGAAAGUUUUAUUAAGACGCCAUUUUGCUAUCAGAGGCUGAAGCAGAGGGAGAGAAGGAGAGGUUAUCGCUGUUAAAAACCCGCACGCAUUUUCAGGUACAUUAGAGCUUCAGUGGACACGAUGGCAAGCCCAGGCAAAGAGAACUACAGGAUGAAGAGCUAUAAGAACAAAGCGCUGAAUCCUCAGGAAAUGCGUCGAAGGAGAGAGGAGGAAGGAAUCCAGCUUCGAAAACAGAAAAGAGAGGAGCAGCUGUUUAAGAGGAGAAAUGUAUGUGUACCUACAAGUGAUGAAUCAAUGCUGGAGUGUCCAAUCCAGGAUCCAGACAUCAGUUCCACAGUACCUGUUGCAGGUGAUGGGGUCAUUACUCCAGACAUGAUUCAGAUGAUCUUCUCUGAAGACCCAGAUCAGCAGCUAAUCGCUACACAGAAAUUCAGGAAAUUACUCUCCAAAGAGCCCAACCCUCCUAUAGAUGAGGUCAUUUCCACUCCUGGUGUUGUGAAUUGUUUUGUGGAGUUCCUGAAGAGGAGUGAAAACUGCACACUGCAGUUUGAGGCAGCCUGGGCUCUAACCAACAUUGCCUCAGGUACCUUCCUGCACACCAAGGUGGUGAUUGAAACAGGAGCUGUGCCCAUUUUCAUUGAGCUGCUGAACUCCGAGUAUGAGGACGUCCAGGAACAGGCAGUGUGGGCGUUGGGGAACAUAGCUGGAGAUAAUGCCGAGUGCAGAGACUAUGUGCUCAACUGUGGCAUUCUGCCAUCUCUACAGCAACUGCUCGCUAAAUCCAACCGUCUCACAACAACCCGCAAUGCAGUAUGGGCGCUGUCAAACCUGUGCCGGGGGAAGAACCCACCACCUGAUUUUGCCAAGGUAUCUCCUUGUCUCAGCGUACUAUCCAGGCUUCUGUUCAGCAGUGAUCCAGAUGUGCUGGCUGAUGCUUGCUGGGCUCUGUCCUAUUUGUCUGACGGCCCUAAUGAGAAGAUCCAGACAGUCAUUGACUCCGGGGUCUGCCGCCGGCUGGUGGAGCUGCUCAUGCACAGUGACUACAAGGUGGUUUCUCCUGCUUUACGUGCAGUGGGCAACAUUGUGACGGGAGAUGACAUUCAGACACAGGUGAUCUUGAACUGUUCAGCUCUGCCAUGUUUACUGCACCUGCUUAGCAGUCCCAAGGAGUCCAUCAAAAAGGAGGCGUGCUGGACUGUGUCUAACAUCACAGCAGGAAACAGAGCUCAGAUUCAGAAUGUGAUUGAUGCCAACAUCUUCCCUGUACUGAUUGAGAUCCUUCAGAAGGCUGAGUUCCGCACAAGGAAGGAGGCAGCUUGGGCUAUUACUAACGCCACCUCUGGAGGCACUCCUGCACAGAUAAGGUACCUGGUGUCUCUGAAUUCCAUUAAGCCCAUGUGUGACCUGCUGACAGUGAUGGACUCUAAGAUUGUGCAGGUGUCUCUGAACGGUCUGGAGAACAUCCUCAGACUGGGAGAACAGGAAGCCAAACAGAACGGAACUGGCAUCAACCCUUACUGUGCUCUCAUCGAGGAGGCUUACGGCCUGGACAAGAUCGAGUUCCUGCAGAGCCAUGAGAACCAGGAGAUCUACCAGAAGGCCUUCGACCUGAUUGAACACUACUUUGGUGUGGAGGAGGAGGAUGCCAGCCUGGCGCCACAGGUGGACCAGAGUCAGGGCCAGUUCAUCUUCCAGCAGCAGGAAGGACCCAUGGAGGGUUUCCAGCUCUAACCCCAGGUCACCUCCACAACCCCUCCUUCUUCCAGGUUUCUAAACCCCCGCUGGAGACAGCGGCCUGCUGGCCUGCAAACUCUCUUGGGUACUCAUCUUGUCUCUCCUGGGCCAGCUCCACCAGCUCCCCCCCAGACCUUCACUUCUACUAUGCCUUCACCACCAACUCUGGAGAGACAGAGAGAUUUGUGAAUAAUGAGGUGACAAGUGACAGCACAUGUGGCUCAUUGAUGCCAUUUGAGACUGUGGGGACCUGCGUGAAGGGCUCGCCUCUGCAGGUUCCCCUCCCACUGAUGAGAUGUCUAUGCCAUGGAAAGCCUACUCAUGUUAAAGAAAGAAUUCUGCUACAGUAUGAUUAUCCUUUGACUUCCUGUCAUAUUAUUUUUAUCAUUCUAAAUGAUGUUACAAUUAGAAACUAGUGUCUCCAAAUCAGCAUCCAUAUCCCUUUAUGAAUGUGAAACUACCUCUUCAGUCUUCAGAGAAAAAGAAAGGAAGGACAGAAAAGCUCUGAAUGAACGGAUAGAGCAUUUUCUUUUAUUAUGGCUAAAAUCCACUCUUGAGUAAAAUCCCUGGUGUUCAGAUUUAGGGUUCUGUGGCUGACCUGCCAGAAGCCUGUAAGCAGGUAGUGGAUGUAAAUACAGUACUACUGUACGUCCUGGUUUUGUCAUAUUAAAACUCUGAAGCAGCUGCACAUGUUCUCUGGGCUCUUUCUCCUCUCCUGUUGAUUUAAAUGGACUUGAUGAUCACCUAGAGACUUGGUGGUCUUUUAUUUAUUUGUCUUCUGAGAUCUGUUGAGGAGCUCUUUCUCUUCUCCAGCCUUCAGCUCAGACUGAAAGCAACUGCUUCCUGAAUUAUAUAACCGGACAACUGGCACAAGUUAGUUUGAAAUCUGCAACUGUGUUGGCUGUUCACUAGUGUUUUUGCUGCUUAUUUUGAAUGUUCUUUAUUUCAGAAAGCAGUGUCAGGGCAAUGCGACAUGAUGCAGUGUGUGCAACAAUCUCACUAGUUAAUGAGAUGUUUGCUUUAUUUCCUACCUUGUCACCCUGAACUAGCAGCAUGAUGUAUCUUAAAUUAUUUUUUUCUGUCUGCAAUCGUUUCCCUUGAUGUGAUGGGAUUAGUUGACUGAAUUGGAGGGGUUUGUAUAUUAUAUAUACAUGUAAGAAAGUGUAAAGAAAGUAUUUAAGUGGCUGUGGGAAGGUGUGAUAUGCUGUUGCAGUACUUACAGUCCAUCACUGCUUCUACUUUAUGCAUCUUCAAUCAUUUCUGUUUGAUUUUGAGGAGGUUUGUGUCAGCGGAACCUUUACACUUUGAUUUUUUCAUGAUCUGAUUUUGUGUUUGAGGUCUUACGAUGGAAACAGUGUUUAUUUUCCUUCUUGAGGCUCUAUCUCUGAACCAUGAAAAGACAGUUUUUCGAUAUGUGCAUAUUUGACUACAGCAACUUUAAUUGGUGGAAAACCAAACAUGAAGUCAGUCUAUAUUUACAUGAAAUGGAAAAUAGUUAUAAUGCCGAAAUUACAUCAAGCACAUUCAAUCGUGUAUAGUUUUCUAAAAUCUCUGGUUUGUAUGAUUGUAUAUCAUUUUUUAGGUUUUGGUAGUGUAAUUGUUUUCUCCUGUUUGGGAAUUAAUUUGCUGUGUUCUUGUGGCUCUCAGUAGAAAUCCUCUGUUAGAACUCCAGCAGCCCGUGUACAGGAGGGAAUGACUGUAUGCAGCCACAGUCUGUGGUUACUUACACUGACUGGACCACACAAGACUGGCAGUGAAGCUGGGUUAGGCUGCCUGUAGUGCUGCCUGGCCCCUCUGCGUUGGGAAUGCACAUGUGAUAUUGUGUAACAAAAACUAAUAAAUUGAUCUGUUGGAUACAGACCUUACACA